ACGUAUUUUCUCAACCGACACCAGCAAACUAUGGGUUCUGCUGACAGCACGCCAACUGCAGAGGAUGACGACGAAGAAUCAUUGGAUGACAAUACUUCAAUUACUUCAGAAUUGUUUGGUGGGAAAAAUGUUUUCUAUACCUGCGAAAAUAAAAAAAUAUCGCUUGUGAUGGACAACAUUGAAGAUCAAACUACUGAUGUCAUUGUGAACACAACCUCUUCGAGCAUGAAUCUUAAUAUUGGAGGUAUGUCAUCUGCAUUAUCCAAGAAGGCUGGGCCUGCCCUCCAAGCUGCUGUGAACAAGAAAAAAGCGUCCCCUGUAAAUGACAUCAUAGACACAGAGACCGCUGGAUGUAAUCUAUCUUGCAAGCGGGUGUAUCAUGUAUCUCUGGACGAAAGUUCGUCAGAUGGAUCACUCGUGAAAAUGACAAAAGUGGUGAUGGAUUGCCUGAAGUUGGCUGAUAAAUCCAAGCUUCAGUCCAUCUCCCUGCCAGCACUGGGUACUGGGAUUUUAAGUUACCCACCACAGAAAGUAGCUGCCAUCAUGCUUGGAGCUGCCAUCCAGUUCAGCAAGGACAACCCCAACUCCACUCUCCAGCUUAUUCAGUUUGUGCUCCUGCCCUCCAAUAAGAAAGUAGUGACUGCAUUUCAAGAUGAAAUACAAAAUUCUUCACAACGUAAAAAUGCAGAAUUGGAUAAUGACCGAGAAAAUAUCUUUUGCACAAAGGAACGUAAAAGAGUAUCACUGGUUAUGGGAGCAAUCGAAGAUCAAUCAACUGAUGUUGUCGUGAACACAACCUCUCCAACCAUGGAUCUUAAUGUUGGAGCUGUGUCAUCUGCACUGUCCCGAAAAGCCGGGCCUGCUCUCCAGGCUGCUGUGAACAGGAAAAGAGGUGCAUUUGUAAACACAGGGGAUAUUGUAGACACGGAAACUACUCUAUGUAAUCUCUCCUGCAAGAGGGUUUAUCAUGUAUCCCUGGACAUGACUUCCUCAGAUGAAUCUCUUGUGAAAUUGAAAAAAGUGGUGAUGGAUUGCCUGAAGUUAGCUGAUAAAUCCAAGCUUCAGUCCAUCUCCCUGCCAGCACUGGGUACUGGGAUUUUAAGUUACCCACCACAGAAAGUAGCUGCCAUCAUGCUUGGAGCUGCCAUCCAGUUCAGCAAGGACAAGCCCAACUCCACUCUCCAGCUUAUUCAGUUUGUGCUCCUGCCCUCCAAUAAGGAAGUAGUGACUGCAUUUCAAAAAGAACUAAAAAAUCCAUCAGAUUCACAACAAACAGAAGAUGAUUUGUACAUCUCAGACUUGGAUGAUCAGGAUACAUUUAUUACAGAUUGGAGAAUAUGGAAAGAUAUUGUGAAAGGUGUAUUAAAGGAUGAAUUUGGUGGUGAAAAUGUGGAAACCCAACAAAACGAAGGCAAGUCUGUUUUCAAACCAUGCCUUGACAUGUAUUUGCUAUGUAAGAUGUUUGAUAGAUUUUAACAUAUGUGCACAUGUUAUUAUUUGGCACAACCGAGUCAGAUUGUGGUACACGUGAAAUGUCACAUUAUUUCAGGCAGGUACGUUGUCUGCCUCAGGUAGGUAUAGUAGUUUUUAACAGGUUAAACAACUCGUAAACAACUUAAUUUGAUCGUGGCCAUUUUUCAUUUACACUGUAAUGCACACAGACAUGUCUUUCUUGAUUUAAGGAUCAAAGCGAUUCAAAUGUACAAAAUUAUUUGCACUAACCUUUAAUUUAAACGGGCAAAACCUCACGGACCUGCACAAUACAAAUCUAAUUCCAGCCGAGCCAUCUCGCACCACCGCACCCACACUAUCCCACGCGGUUCCGCGUGCCCUGUGUGACUCUCUGUGCGCUGCAGCAGCGGCCGUGCAAGCACCGUGCG